UCCCGAGGAAGCUAUAACUCCUUGAAUGACCCGACUUUCACACCGGACUUCCUGCAAGACUUGAUUGACAAAGCACCCCCAGACAAGUACCGAAUGGCGAUGGAGGUCUGCGGGUCGAGCAAAGUAUGUCUCUACGAUUCGUUGGCUCUGAAUGAUACCGACAUUGGUAUGGCCACAUUAGAAAUCAAUGAAACGAACACCGUGAAUAUGGUGUUGUCAACUAACUUCCCGCCAAAUCUGACGCUCGUGGAGACCAUUGAGGCUGUGGUGGGGCAAAUGGUAACGUUGCAGCUAGAAGCAGUCGAUCCCGAUGGAGAUAACAUCACCUACCAGCUGCUACGACCGGUGAAAGGGGCCUCGAUUUCUGAUGAGGAUGGUCUAUUCACGUGGACCCCAGCAAACAAGUCGAAGGUCUCACUGGGUUUUCUAGCAACAGACGGUAAGGCAAAUGCAACAAUGGAGCCCGUCGUCAAGCUCUGUAGCUGUGAGAAUGGUGGGUCUUGCCUGUUCGACCAGUACGUCAGUGGAACAAAUCUCCUGCAGGAUCGUUUUGGAGUAGUGUUGUGUCAGUGUAAGCCUGGUUGGACUGGUGAGUUCUGCGAGAUGGAUUAUGAUGCCUGCGCUGACGACCCUUGUUUCAUAGGCGUAACUUGUUCUGAUGAGGCCCCACCGUCAUUCAAUAGCACCUGCGGACCUUGUCCUGUGGGAUUUGAGGGUGACGGCAAGAGCUGCCAAGAUGUUGAUGAGUGCGAGUUGUAUAGAGACCAACCAGCUAGCAAUGGUGGACGUGGCUGCGAUCAAAACUGUGUCAACGUCCUGAUGAACUACACAUGCAGUUGCAAUCCUGGAUAUUUCUUGGGCGGAGAUGGCCGACGUUGUAUCGAAACGCCAAAUAUCACAGUGCCAUCUGUUGAAGAUCGGUGCAUAAAUGAAGCGGAAGGGCCUGUUGAGGUGAUGUGGGAGGACGUUACUGCCACAAAUACCGCUGCUGAGGACAUCAUUUGCACAGAGUCCAUUGGAGGAACCAAUGUUUCAUCAACUGGAGGUGUAUUUGGAGUGGGAUACUAUGUUGUGACCUGCAGGGUUGAUCUACCGUUUGAAAAAGUUGUCUCUACAAACUUCUCGUUCAGCAUCUUUGCAAUACCUACAAUCAUUGUGCCUAAGGUUGAAACUCGGCAGAUUUCUCCUGGUCAGGUAUCAAUUUCAGUAACUUGGGAUGAGGUCAAUGCCACAAACGCAAGUGGUCGGGCAAUAACAUGUACGGAUGAUACAGGGGGAACCAAUGUGACCGUCUCAGGGGGCGACUUUCCGUUAGGAUCGCACAAUGUGACCUGCUCCUUGACCAAUAAUUUGGGGUGUUUCGCCUCAGCAAGCUUCGCGUUCGAUGUAAUCGAAACAACCACCCCUCCUGUAUCAACCACUACUCCAGUAUCAGCCACCAUUCCAGCAACACCAACCACUCCAACAACAACCACUCCAGCAUUAACUACCACUCCAGCAUCAACCCCUAUGCUGGCAUUGACUCCUACUCCAACAUCAACCACCACGGCAUCCACCGCCACGCCAGCAUCAACCACCACUCCAACAUCAACCCCCACGCCAGCAUUGACUACCACUCCAACAUCAACCCCCACGCCAGCAUUGACUACCACUCCAACAUCAACCCCCACGCCAGCAUCGACUACCACUCCAACAUCAACCCCCACGCCAGCAUUGACUACCACUCCAACAUCAACCCCUACGCCAGCAUCGACUACCACUCCAAAAUCAACCACCACGCCAGCAUCGACUACCACUCCAAAAUCAACCACUACGCCAGCAUUAACUACCACUCCAGCAUCACCCACCACUGCAACAACACCCUCUGCAACCACAGGCUGUCAAGCGUUAAGCUGUCUGAAUGGAGGAACUUUUGAUACUGAGUUUUGUGAGUGUGUUUGUCCUCUUGCCUACUCAGGCGUGACGUGUUCAGAUGAGAACCUAUGCCUCUCCGGGAAUAGAUGCUCGGCCGCUGAACACUACUGUUUACCGGCUACUAACCAAGAUGGCUUCACUUGCACGUGUAAUGUUUUCAAUAACUCUUUCCCGCAAGACGAUGGUUCUUGUCGACAACACCCUUCUAAGCACAUGGUGGUAACAGCUGAAUUGGAUUUCAAUCCGGCCUUUAAUAAUCCCACAUCGGCUGCAUUCCGGAAGCAAGCUGCUGUGUUUGAGCAGGCGAUUUUCUUGAGACUUAAGGGGAAUCCUUCAACCAACGAUGUAUCUUCAGUGCACGUCCCUUUGAUGGAAGAAGGCAGCACUGUCGUAAGGUCGGUGGCAUCAUUUCAAAACGCUGCGCCCUCCGACGCCAUCCUACAGCAAGUCUUGGCAAGCAAUGCGUCUCUGAGUGACGGAAACACAGUCAUAUAUCUCUACACCAAUUCAGUCAUCGUUAAUGACCAGGCAAUAGGCUGUGUGCCAAGCUACUGCAAGAAUGGCGGGACUUGUGAGAUUUCUGGAAACGCCCCUUAUGUUUCAUUUACGUGCAGCUGUCCAGCGUCGUAUACCGGGGACCGGUGUGAGGUUGAAAUCCAAGGGCCCGGCUCUGGCGGUUUACCCACCAUCGCUACGGUGUUCAUCAUCCUCGGUUGCAUUCUGCUUCUUGUGGUUGUGUGUAUGCUUGCCUGCGCGUGUCUGCUCGCCCAGAGGCAGCGUGGGAAGCUGCUCGCUCCCUCCCGGGACAGUCGCUGGCCGGCAGUACCAAGAAACCGCCGGGGCAUCCUCGACAACGACCAGAGCAGGGGGUCUGGUGAUAGCUUCAGCCAGUCAAAUAUCGAUGACGAGGAGGGGUUUAGGUUGGAGCGGAUAAUGCAGGUCAUGAGUCAGUCACCAUACCAGCAGGAGGGCUUGCCUGUGCGAGGGGAGUUUAUCCGGCCCUACGUGGUGACAGGAAUGAAAGGGCCGCAUCGUGAGGACCCUCCUCAGGCCAACCAUGCUGGUCGAGUGGUGCGCAAUCCGAUGCUCAACUAGACCCUGCAUACUAACUGCUACGUCUACCUUGUUUUCACUUCAGUGAAUGUGAGGAAUGUGGGCCGAUCUCAGUCGAUUUAUUUUGUGUAAUUAUGCUUGUGUGUUUUUACCUUCCUAACUGGGCACUUUCAAAAUCACAUUGUCUGGAUCCUUACAGUCCAUUAGUAGGCCUAUCUCUUAAUUUUUUGUGUGUAAUCAUUUAAAUGAACUGCUGUCCUCUUUAAAACUGAGAACAUUUCGUUAAUGACACCACAAAGUAACACCUGGGUGGGCUUGGGUUCGCUUCGCACAGGUACUAAAACUGAAUGAUUUUCGUUUCUAUAACAUCCAGGUACACUGUCACUUGGUGUAUGUUCGUUUUCACGAAGUAACACCUGUCCUCAUUUAAUAAAUUGUGUUAAUUUUGUUCUGUAAUCGCACAAAUAUUACAAUCGUUUCAUUUCAUUCCACUCCCACAAUCACCGGUACAUUCCUCUCAAAACCGUCAAUAUAAACCGUUAAAUGAUAUGUAUUUCUGUAACAGUGUUGUGAAACGAAACGAAACGAAACGAAACGAAAAGUCGUUGACAGCAGUUUACGAUGUGCGUGAACACACUUGGGUGUUUCUCUGCAUGUGAAACCAUGCCACAUAGCGGUUUCUACGGAGUAAUACUGCAGUUAGUGGGAAUGUUAUUUUGUAGUAUCGGUGACGUCUUGUAAUGUCUUUUUCAAAAGCAAAAUUGCAAUUUAAUUUUUUUUCUCCUAAUCAGCUUAUCGAAAAGCUUCUUUUAUCCAUGUUACCCAGACAGGUUGUCCUGCAAGUACAACAUAUUUUAAGAUAACAUUUCCUGUGAGGAUUCAGUAAAGUUUCGAUGAAGUUAAUACAACAUAAAUCCAGCUGCAUUGCAUAUGGAAGACUCAUAAAGAAGUACGUCUAUAGAGCGAAUUUUAAUCAAAACACUUUGACAAAUUGAAAGUAUUGUGAACGGGCACAAUAGCGACAACAAUAUGGCUGAAGACUUUGCAUGCUUUUUAAUUACAGUUUGCGUACGUGGAAAGGUUUAGCGCGCAUUUUUUCGGUUCAUUAACAGUCUUAAACAGACUUGCGCAUUUUUGUAAGCAAAACAGACACGCCAAUUAUAUAGCUGAUGUGUUCCAACAAGUUUGCACGAGAAGACAUGAUCCCUUUCAGGCGACCCAUUUUAAAGGGAAAGAAUGAACUUUAAUUCACUUUGCAGAGAUUUGUUUGCUUGACGGGUGAGAUUUUUUGAGAGAGAGUUAUACAGCUGAGAAUUUAGCCUACAGUGUGAUGACAAGUUUUCUGAGGCCUGUGAGUGAUUGAGAGACUGGUUCGCCCUGAGAUGGGCCAAUCUGUGGAUUCCAUUGUAUUAAUACUCAGAUUAAUUAAUUUCAGCCGUUUUGAAUUAUAACACUGUUAUACUGUACGCAGAGUGCUACUCACCAAUUGGUAAAAUAGGCGUAAGGUUGAAUUAUGUUCAGUACUUCUACACAUGAAUUCUCGGAUCCAGAGCCUCGAGACGACCGCGCGGUAUAAUCAGUCAAGUGAAGCGAAGCCAUGCUUCAUAUUUUGAAGUUUUGAUUGCUUUUUAACGGGUCACGGAAUCAUCCUGAAUGAGUCACGUGUGUAUCUGAAGAGUUGAUCAGUUAAAUCUCGUUUGUUACUCUGUAGUUAGUCUUCCUGUUGUAGGAGAAGUUAAACUUAACUUACUCAGAGUUCAAUUUAUAUACAGGAAUUUAUUUGGACGUUUUUACUUUCUGGAUGUGCCAAGUGCUGCAUUAUAAAGGGUCCACAGUUUUUUUCUGACACGCACCUUUUGCGCAGCUCUGCUUUCGUCUUCAGUGAUGGACAGGAUUCGACACUUUAGUUAUUGUGAUCCCAACAUUUCUUCAUAAAAAGUACAUUAUCUGAAAAGGCACCAAAACACCACUGAAAAUGGCACAACAAACAUUGAAAAUAAAGUUAAUUGAAACACAUGCAUAUGCGUUGCUUGGUCCUUUGAUGCUCCAACUACCAAGCUUUCUCCCUCAUUUAUGAUAUCGUAUAUGCUCAAUAAUCCUCCCCCAGCUCAACCAGACUCCAUUCAAGAUGACCGCAUUUUGAUCGGAGUUUAGAGUCACAAAACCUGAGCUGUAUUGCGUUAAGUCUCUUGAAAAUACAUGGGCAAAAGUGAAGCUCUUGCUGGCUGUGCCGAUUUCAUAAACGAUCUGAAAUAGCAUGUUAGACAUUCAGUUGCAGGGUUUUCUGACAAAAAAUGACUCCAAUGUCUUUGUCUGAUAUGUUGAGCUUCUGUGUUUAGAAUGAUGGUUUCCCCUUUUUUUCAGAGGCACGCAUAAUGGAUCAAUCGAAUGCAGAUGACAUAACAUAACUGAAUUUAAAAAUGCGAUUAAAUUGCAAAGACAAUUUUGCAUUAGUUGCGUCAGUUAGUUACACUAAAAGGUUGCUCUCUGUCAUUGGCAAAACGUUAGUUUAAACUGCUCUCGCAAAAGCAUGAAAUCAAGUGCAGUAGCCAUAAGUUUCUGUUUAACUGACGGUUUUUAUCCUACAUGUAUUUUCUAACUGGAACGACAACUGUUGUUUAAAUGACGUGCAUGCAAAUGGUCUAUUACCGUGUAAACCCAAUUAACGCUAUUGCAACGUAAUAUAACGUAAGUAUUUUAAGAGGUGAUAGGUUAAAAACAUAUAUUACUUAAUUGGAUUGGGAACAAAUUACACAGAGGGCAAUUUUUAAACAAUUAUCUGUAUCUUUUUUUUUAGUUUUAAAUGUUUUCAACAGUCUGUUAAUCUUCUUUAUCGGUUGUUUUAUAGUUUAUUUUUAAAGUACUCAGAUCUCCGUGUACGAUCUCGACAGUCGCCUUGGCUCAAUUAGACAGUCUGUGCCUUUACCUACCAUUUCACCACGAACCGACCCUGUAUACCGCACAAAGCAUUAUUUUGUCGUUUUUCUGACAUGAAAAUGAUCUGAGGUCGGUGAAGAAGUAACUUAUACCCAUGGGGAGGAGAGUUGCAGACUGUAACGAGAUAACAAGAUAGAGGCUUUUUAACCACAUUCAGGCCGCUGAUGAAGCGAAAUCGGGGCACUGACGACACAAGGAGGGGGUCGAACAAUCAAGUUAAACGGGACGAAGUUGCAAUGGGCGAAUAUCGGGACGCUGAUAAAGCAAAAUCGGCAUGAAGAAUAUAUAUGUGUUGAACUGGGUCGAAAGUCCCUGGCUACGCGCCUGUAUUGAGCUGGGGCGUUUAAAAUGAGUGUUUUUACUCAGCGGCGUGCGUAUGAGAUCAUUUGCAUUCAGGUGCCUUUCCAUAUGUACGCACUUUGGGUUCUUUGCGUACGUGAUGUGUUUCACUUUCACGGACACAAAAAUCUACUCCAUUAUAAUAACACACGUGUGCGUUGCGUUCGGCCCCUCAAAACCCCCCCUGGAGCGAUUUUGACGGAUACGCAGCACUUGACGUAAAGUGUUGACGAGCAUAUAUAUGGAAAGGCGCUUUUAGUCGGAAGAUUGGAAGCAAACAGAAAACGCAGGUGGAUUAAAGUUUGGUAUGUUUUACCAAACACCAUUGCGCUUUUAAAUCUCAAUCAUUGAAAAAUACGUGUUGUGCACUGCUUAAAUUAUGCCUUAGUUUGCACUGCUUUCUUGCAGUUAAAUAAUUAUGCAUAAUACACCUAAGCUCGUUUAUCGCCGUGAGUGAUUUUAAGGCACAAUGAGGUGCAAAAGGUCUCAUGGGCAUGGGCAAAGUAGGCCUAUUCACUUCACUCUUGUUGAAUUGAUUUUACAUGUUCAUUAAUACUUUCAUUGUAUUUGAUGAAACUGUAAGUAUUGCUUCUAUGCAGCCCGCGUGAGAUCUAGAAGAAAAAUAAUCACGACUGAUAACACGAAUAGCACACAGUUCAAACUAACUUGAGCUCAGAUGACCACGGUAAGGAUCGUCGUCGUUUGGUUCGAACUAUCAGGAGAAUUCUACAUUAUGUAACGUGUAGGUGUACAUUGUGUGCCCACUUGGAUUUUAUAAAAACAUGUAGGGGUGAUUACAUGUGUCAAUCGAAAUUUGGAAUUUUCGACAAGUCUACCCGGUGAAAUCUAUGUAUGAUGUGCUUUAUUGACCCAUGUUUAAAAAGCAAUGGAAUUGGAAUUACGCAAAACACAACUCCACUUGCUUUGGUCUUAAGCCGACUCUUCAGUGCAUUCACGAUGGAACACUUUGAUUUAAGACAGAAAUUAUACUUUUAAGAAUAGGAAAAACCAUAGCUCAGUGAUAUUCUGAAGCUUUAAUUUUCAAGUCAGGUAGGAACAUUGUUUUAUAAUAUAUGCAAACCAAGUUACUCAGAAGUUUAAUCUUUAUUUCUCAUUACAUUUUGCUUAUUACUUUUACAUUGGUAAUGGGUUAAUUAAACGAAGCAAAAAGACACAAGAAA